GAAGGCAAGAGGCAGGGAUAUUUAUACACAGAGGUAAAGAGAGGAAGCGGACAGUGUGCAGUUAGCGUUGAGCCCGGACUAGUAGGCUUAGAAAGACGCGGAAGUUAAAAGGAAUAGGGAGAAAAGAGCCGAGUGACACCCCCUACAUAGUUUGCUGACUGUUCUCCACUCCAAGGACUGCAACUUCUGGGCUUUCUCGCUCCCAGCAUAGGACACUUACAGUUUCUUCACUUCAAGCUUAUACUUAACCCACAGCCAGCAUGAGUAACUACAGUGUGUCUCUGGUUGGCCCGGCUCCCUGGGGUUUCAGACUGCAAGGAGGCAAAGACUUCAACAUGCCUCUAACUAUAUCCCGGCUAAGCGAUGGAGGAAAAGCUUCUCAAGCACACAUUGGCAUUGGUGACGUGGUUCUUUCAAUAGACGGUAUAAGCACAGAUGGGAUGACUCACUUAGAGGCGCAAAACAAAAUUAAGGCUUGCACUGGAUCGCUAAAUUUGACCCUACAAAAAGUUUCGGCUGCACCAAAAGCCAAUCCAAAUCCUCCACAAAAUGAAGCGCCUAAGGAAGUAGUUAAGCCUGUGCCAAUUGCAUCUCCCACACCUGUUGCACCCAAAGUCUCCAACGUGGCAUACAAUAAAGCACCUAAGCCAUUUGGAUCUGUGACUUCUUCCAAGCCUGCUUUGAUCCCAUCUGCAUCUUCUGCCUUUACCCCAGCCUCUGCAGCCCUCUCAACACAGUCUUCCCCACAACCAACCGCUUUAUCCCUGCUGGCUAAGGUUGGUCCACCUCCCCACGCUGCAUCGGGAUUGCAUGCUAAUUCCAAACCUACCACUGAAGGGCAUUUGCCAGCUUUGAGUGUUACUAAACCUGCAGUUAAUGUCCCACGGCAGCCUGCCAGCUACAGCCAAACCGCCAGCUUGUAUGGUAAUGAGAUUGCUCAAGAUGGGGCUGACGUGAGAAGAGGACAAAAAGAAAACCAGGGUGACAAACAUCAAAAUGGGAAAAUUCCUCCCAAUCGUCCUCCUCGAAAGCACGUUGUAGACACCCACACAGAUAUCUACCACACUUCAGCCUACAGUGAUGCCAGCAAGAAACGUCUGAUCGAUAAUACAGAGGACUGGCAUCCCCGUACUGGCACCACUCAGUCUCGCUCUUUCCGGAUCCUGGCUCAGAUGACUGGUACUGAACAUAUGAGUGAACCAGAACCUGAAAAUGUGCAAAAGACUAACAUUGUUGUGUCAGUGGAAACACCACAGGCUACUGUGCCUUCUAAAAUUAUGCCAAGUUCAUUUAACUCCCCACCGUCCAGCAAACCUGCUGCCAGCAAGACGACAGGAUGGCAACCAGCUCCUUCAAGUGCACAGGUCACAAACAACCCAUCAAAUGCUGUGAAACCUGCCAGCAAUAACAAGUCUGUCCCCCCACCUUGGGUAGAGGACAAAGACACACUGGUACAGAGAGCUGAACAUAUACCAGCAGGAACUCGUACCCCAAUGUGUGCCAUCUGCAAUAAGGUCAUAAGAGGCCCUUUUCUGUUGGCUUUGGGGAAAUCGUGGCAUCCAGAAGAAUUUAAUUGUGCCCACUGCAAAGCAAGCAUGGUAGAGAUGGGGUUUGUUGAAGAGAAAGGUGGUCUUUACUGCGAGAUUUGUUACGAGAAGUUCUUUGCACCUGAAUGUGCCCGUUGUCAGAGGAAAAUACUUGGUGAAGUCAUCAAUGCCCUGAAACAGACUUGGCAUGUUUCCUGCUUCGUGUGUGUCGCCUGUCAAAACCCAAUUAGAAAUAGUGUCUUUCAUUUAGAAGAUGGGGAACCCUACUGCGAAACAGAUUAUUAUUCCUUAUUCGGUACGAUUUGCCAUGGAUGUGAAUUCCCUAUUGAAGCUGGAGACAGGUUCUUGGAAGCUCUUGGACACACCUGGCAUAACACCUGUUUUGUAUGCACAAUAUGCUGUGAAAAUCUGGAAGGGCAGGCCUUCUUUUCCAAGAAGGAGAAACUUCUGUGCAAGAAGCAUGCCCAUUCUGUGAAUUUCUGAACCUGUGUUCCUGGUUCCAACAUCCGAGAAAUAAGAAAAAUUCAAAGCGUUAUUGGACAAGCAUUAUUUUCUGGGUUUUAAUUUCAUGUAUUCAUCUCUAAAGAGAUGAGAACCAUCAAUUUUUGCAGAAAGUUGUUUAAAAAAAAUCAGAUGCUGCUAUGGUGUGCAAAACAAUGUUAUUGUUAAUAUAGAGGUUUUUAGAUAAUUAAUUAUCACUUUUGUUUGCAUUUAUGUAUGGUAUGGAAUGGAAAACCAAAUAUUGAUUAAUCACAAAAAGUAAUUUCAUUUCAGUUAUUAUAAAGCAAUUCUAAAAACAAAUUAUUUAAUUCCUAAUCAAUUUUCAUACAUAAGUUUUCAGCUUUAAGUAUGGGAUGGAAUAGCAGCAACAAAUUUAUUGUGAAGAGUUUCACAUACAUAUUAACACGCUGUAACCCCUUUCCUAACCUUAUGAAGUACGUCUGGCAUUACCCAUCAUACCCAUAAUUGUAAUGCUAAAUUAUAGGGGAUUAUACAGAAAUUUGGCCUCAUUCUGUAACCCACAGCAACCAGUUAACAGUCAGAUAUUACUAAGGUUUAUUUUGCCAAUGUUUCUGCAUAACCCCGCAGGCCUGUAAUAAACACGGAAUGUAAUUAUUUCGAAUUCCAGUUAAAAAUAUUUUAAUUCAAUGCCAUGCCAAUCAGAAUUAUUUUUAUAGGUGGAAAAAACUGUCUAGGUGAUCUCUGUUUAUAAGUUGGUGGUUUCUGUGUAUUCAGUGUUAAGUUAUUUGUUAUACACAGAGCAGAUGUUAUGGUGUGUACCAAUGUCUGCUGUCACUAUAGCUUGCCAUGCUUUCAUUACAGUCUCUUGUAAUGCUCUAUAGUUAGAAGCAGUAAUGAGAAUAAUUAGUUAGGCACCCCCUACUGAGGCAUAGUGCUAUAGGGCAAGAAAUUGUCUACUUCAAAAUUAUUCCUCAUAGAUACAGGUAAAACACCUAGCCCCACAUGUAAUAAAAGGAACUAAGUUUGCCCAGGAGCAGUAACCAGUAGCAACCAAUAAGACGUUUGCUUUUAAACAUGUGACCAGGAAAUCCUACCUGCUGAUUGGUUGCUAUAGGUUACUGCCUCUGGGCAAACUUAGUGCCUUUAAUUACAUAACCCCACUAGUUUAUUAAAGGGACUCUUCUCUUUCCCUAGCUCUCCAAAGAAGGCAUCACAACCUUAAAAACAAGGUUUAAUUCUCCAGUUUGAAUCUAAUUCCUACUAACACUAUGCCAUAUAUCGCAUAUGUAUCUAACAUAUUGAGAGAAUAUCUGCUUGCCAUUCAUAAACUGCAAUACAACUUCAAAAGCCAGAUAUAGUGCUUUAUCAUUUUUCAAAUUAUCUUUGGUGUAUCCAAAAUGUUUCCAAUCAGAUGGGCCCCUUGCCCUGGAGGACUGGAAAAAAUGUUUUGUGUUGCAUUGUAUUGUUUUGAGAAUGCAUUUAUCUAUGGGUGUGGCACUACACACCCAUCAUGCAUUAACUCUUGAUGAUGCAGAAUGCUUGAACCCAGCAACAUCUGGGUGGAGCAAUACUACUAUGGAAAAUUAAAUGUAUGUCCUUCAAAUUGAUAUUUAUAAAUGACAUACUGAUCCUUUACAUUUGUUUUGAUUAUUAUGUGGAGGCUGUUAAGAUGCUUUCUGUCCUAUUAACACACAGGGAACAGAAAAUGCAAAGGAUAUGCUAUGGUUUUUACUGCCUCCAUUAGUGUUUAGGGGUGUAUACUUAUAGUGAUGGAAACUGCACUCUUAUUUUAAACUGUCAGAUGUGACACCUUAUGAGGACUUCUAUAUAUAGAGGGCCUACAGUAUCUCACCUAAUAAUGACCAAAUUAGCAUGAGUGAUGUAAUCCCAGCCACAUAAUUUCUCCUAUC